AUGGUUUCGAAGUAGAAACUUCAAAAUGACUUUUCAGCUCUAAUCCAAAUGCCCCUUCAACAAUGUAGACUCAGAGGACGCGGUAAUGCCGUUCAGUUUAUUGCUGUAUUUUUCUGUGCAAUGGAUGUCUUAAAUGCAGGACUCGAAUAUGGCUGGACUUCAGCAGCUUUUCCUGUUCUGUUGAAUCCCAAAGAUAAUCAGAGUGAAGCUUUAAUAACAAGCCAGCAGGGUGUAUGGAUAGCAACACUUUCACUUCCAGGAGCUGCUCUGGGUGCUUUAGCAAAUGUAUUUAUAUGUGACUUGGUUGGAAGGAAACCAUUUAUAAUUUUCUCCACUAUACCAUAUGCCAUCCACUGGAUUCUGAUUGCUAUAUCGCAAACAGCCUAUGUGUACUACAUAGCGAGGCUCAUAUCUGGAUUCUCCAGCGGAAUGUCGUUAACUGCUGUUCCAAUGUACACAGCAGAGAUUUCUAUUCCCAGACUGAGAGGAAGACUCUGUGCAUUCACGCCUAUGUGCAUAUGCGCUGGAGUUUUUCUGAUGAAUUUUUUAUGCCUGUUCCUCACGUUAGAAGUUGCAGCAUUAUUAGCCUUAGUUUUUCCUCUGACGAGUUUCAUAGGUUUGAUCUUCAUGCCUGAGAGUCCUUACUACUAUUUGAUGAAAAAUAAAGAUGAGAAAGCAUUGCAGUCCCUGCAAAUAUUCCAAGGUAAAGAAGAUGUCGAUACAGAUUUCCAAAGGAUGAAGCAAGCAGUGCAGAAGUUGAAUGAAACAAAAGAGAAAGGUUUCAAAGCUUUGGUGACAGUUAAAGUGAAUCGUAGGAGUCUUUUAGUUGUGGGGGUAUUGAGAGCAGCCCAACCUCUCUGUGGAAUAACCACACUAGUUUAUUAUUCAAGUGUUAUUUUAGGAGAUAAUGAAUGGAUAAUAUCGGUGAGGUACUGCACUUUGUUAUUCGCCAUUGCACUGAUGAUAUCAGACGUCGUAGGCCUUAAUAUUGUAGAUUUAUUAGGAAGACGACCUCUUAUACUUACCUCAAUAGGGGGCGCUUGUUGCGGGUUGCUUACGUUGGCAAUUUAUUUACACCUCAAAGAUUCUGAUGUUGACCUAUCUUCAUGUUCCUUCAUACCUCUUGUAGCAUUAGUAACAAUAGUAUCAUUUUACGGUUUUGGUUUGCAACAAAUACCUUUUGUGGUACAAGGAGAGCUAUUUUCAACAGCUGUCAAAUCGUGUGCAAUUGGAUUAGGUAUGAUGCUUUUCUGCCUUUUCUCCUUCGUAGGUUCGAAAUACUUUCAGUUCAUGAACGAUAAAAAUAAACCGUAUGUCACCAUUUAUACAUUUGCGUUUUGCGCUGCAUCAUUAUUUACCUUCAUCUUGUUUUUCAUGCCGGAAACUAAGGAUAUAUCUUUAGAAGAUGUUCAACUGAUGAUGGAGCAGAGGAAACUUCAUUUUAAAGAUGUAGAUACCAAGAAUAAUUAAAAAUUUAUAUGAG